AUGAUGAAGCACAUCAAGUACAAGUCGUUAAACCCAUCCGAUAUCGCACUCGUGGAUUUAACAAAUCAGCAUUUAUUAUUCUCUAAAGAAGACUGGAACCAAAUCAAAGCUUUACUCUCCACAUCUCCAACCAAUAAUGAUUUGAUUGAAUCCUGGCCGGCAUUGCGGAAAAUCGACAAAAUAUUCAAGAACCCUCGUGAUGCCGAAGAGUGUUAUUGGAACUCAAAAAAUUAUCAAAAGAAGGCAUUAAAAUUCAAUGAAAAAAUGGGAUAUGAACUGAUCAGUGUCAUUGUUGAUAAGAUGAUCAAACAUAAAUCAAUAUUUACUAUCUCGAAACCAACCCCGUCUGAAGCAGACAUUAUGAUCAAAAUCUGGGCUGAUCUCUUUGAAGUUCUCUUUUACAACACUGAAGUUUACAUUCGCUGGGGAGAAAAGGGUCUGGAUACUGGUAACGAUGAUCACACCAUUUUUAAAUUAGAUGCAAAGCUUGUACUAUUAUAUGAUGGUGCUGAAUACCCUAUUUCCUCUGUUGAGUUUGCACCCUAUGCUGGCCCAAGAAAGAUCAAAACCGAUCGAAGCAAAUUGUUAGUAGAAGCAAAGACAAUUUACGAUAAAGUAAUGGGUUUGAACGUGAAUGAAGGAAAUGCAGCUCUCUUAAAAAUAGUCAAUGUUCAAAUCAUGGGUCUAGAGGCGCAUGUCAUGUCUGUAAACACUGCCGAUGAUUACUUGUAUAUUGCUAGUUCUAUUGAUUCAUACAUGUUACCAUCAACUGUCUCCCAACUAAAGAAACAUAGCAAAACUAUCAUUGGCCAUUUAUUCGAUUUAAAGCAUUAUGCAUUGAACACUACAGAUAUCAUCAAACAGACACUCAAUGAUAAGAAAAAAGCAAAGAAAAGCAUGAAGCGAAAGAUUCAAGAAGAAAUUGAUUAUGACAAAGUGGCACCUUCCCUCAAAGCAAACCUGGUUCCAACUUGGAGAUAUAAAGCUAAAAGUGAAGAUUGA